AUCCAAUGAAUCGGACAGCUAGCUAGCUUGGAAUUCAAUCAACAAUGUCAAAUGAAAGGGCAGCAGCGGAUACCAAUCCCAAUUCCGGCGUUGAUCCUUACCAGCGUCUCCAAUUAGCACGCAAUCCCGACGGCAGCAUCACGCGCUUGUAUAAAUGUCCAGACGCGCCGCCCUCAUCUGAUCCUAAGCUUCCCACUCCGGUUCUAUCCAAAGACAUCCCCAUCAACCAAUCAAACAACACCUGGCUUCGACUGUUCCUUCCCCGCCAUGUACUAGACCAAACCUCACCAACUAAUAAGCUUCCUCUCGUCGUUUAUUACCAUGGUGGAGGCUUCGUAAUACUUAGUGCAUCCUCCACCAUUUUCCAUCAUUUCUGUUCCAAUUUUGCAGCCGACGUCCCCGUGAUCAUCGCAUCUGUCGAGUACAGGCUGGCUCCUGAGCACCGGCUGCCGGCGGCUUAUGAUGAUGCAGUGGAGGCGCUUCACUGGAUCAAAACAAACCAAGAUGAUUGGUUGAGGGACUUUGCUGACCUCUCCAAUUGUUUCCUAAUGGGAUCCAGUGCUGGGGCUAACAUAGCCUACAAUGCAGGACUGCGUGUGGCUGCCGAGCGGGGUGACACUCUCCACCCUUUGAAAAUAAGAGGGCUGAUAUUGAUCCAACCGUUCUUCGGUGGUAUCCGAAGGACUAGCUCGGAGUUGAGGCUAGUGCACGACCCUAUUCUGGCGCUAAGUGUAUGUGAUCUCAUGUGGGAAUUGUCGUUGCCUUCCGGGGCUGACCGUGAUCAUGAGUAUUGCAAUCCAAUGGCGGCCGGAGGCGAUUCUAAAUGCUUCGAUCAAGUGAAAGCACUUGGCUGGAGAGUUUUGGUGACUGGCUCUGAGGGAGACCCGCUGGUCGACCGUCAGAUUGAGAUGGUGAAGAUGUUGGAGGAGAAGGGUGUCCAAGUUGUGAGUCAGUUCAUUGAAGGAGGUUAUCAUGGGGCUCAGGAUGUUGAACCCUCCAAAGCCAAGCCAGUGUUUGAACUUGUUAAACCUUUCAUAUUUCCUUAAUUUGUAACGUUUGUUCUUUUCUUUUCAAAAAAAAAAAAUAAAACGUUUGUUCUUUU